AGGGGCCGGGAUGCUCAAGCCCGCGGUAUAAAGGCAGCCGCGGCGGCGGUGGCGGCGCAGACCUGCACCCGCAGUGGGGACUCGGGGACCGCGGGAGGCUCUCGGGGCGCUGACCGCAGCCGUGCGCCGCGGCUUCCAGGCCCCCACCCCCACCCCCACCCCCUGCACAGUGCCACCGGUUCCCGCAGUCCCUGCCCGCCCUCCCCGGAGCCCCUCCGCGAUGCCGGCCCUGGGCGCAGCGGGAGCCACGCGGGUCUUGGUCGCCCUGGCAGCGGCGGCCCUUUGCGGUCACCUCCAGCUGGGAGUGAGCGCCACCUUGAACUCGGUCCUCGUCAACUCCAACGCCAUCAAGAACCUGCCCCCGGCGCUGGGCGGCGCUGCCGGGCACCCGGGCUCGGCGGUCAGCGCGGCCCCGGGGAUCCCGUACGAGGGCGGGAACAAGUACCAGACAGUUGACAACUACCAGACUCCCGGCUGUGAUGUGUUACUGUCGUCUCCUGCUCCCGUAGGGAUAUGUAUGCCUUCUGAUCACAGUCCUUUCCACCGAGGAGAAAUCGAGGAAACCAUUAUCGAAAGCAUUGGUAACGAUCACAGCACCCUGGAUGGGUAUUCCCGAAGAACUACACUGCCCUCGAAACUGUACCAUACCAAAGGACAAGAAGGUUCCGUCUGUCUCCGAUCGUCAGACUGUGCCACGGGGCUGUGUUGUGCCCGACACUUCUGGUCCAAGAUCUGUAAACCUGUCCUCAAAGAGGGUCAAGUGUGUACAAAGCACAGGAGAAAGGGCUCCCACGGGCUGGAGAUAUUCCAGCGAUGUUACUGCGGAGAUGGCCUGUCUUGCCGGAUGCAGAAAGAUCACCAUCAAGCCAGUAACUCUUCAAGACUUCACACCUGUCAGAGACACUGAGCCAGCCGUCCAAACACAGCGGACUCCUUUUAUAGAAUAUAUGCAAUGAAAACCUUUCGUGACUUUGGUCAGCUCAGUCCUAAAGGAUGUACAAAUCCUGUGGUUAUGAUCAAGCAUUCCAAUAAUACCUUCUGAAAACCUGGAGUGUAAGAGCUUUGUUUCUUUAUGGAACUCGCCUGUCGUUGAUUGCAGUAAAUUACUGUGUUGUAAAUGCUCAGGGUGGCACUUACCUGUAAAUGCGACAAGACUUAAUUAUUUUUCUAAAGGUGCUGCAUUGUCCAUUGUUUCUCCCGUUAUGUAAAUUUUUGUACACAUUGAUUAUCUUGACUGAUGUUCUAUAUUGAAUUGAAAUAAAUAAUUUCAGCUUCUACUUGCUAAAUGUAUAACCCUUUCCCUUUUAAUUCUAGACUCCAGAAUGCAAGAAGCUUUCGGAAUGGCCAACAAUAGGCAUCUAAACUUAAUCAUGGACAUACUCGCUUAUUUUCUGAAAUGUACUAUCUCAGUGCUUAGAUUAUGUUUCUCUCUAGGCUGUGAUAGUGCUUGAAAUAAAAUUUGACAUUUAAUACCGUGAAAUGUUACAAG